GGCGGAGGAGUUGCAUAAAAAUCCUCAGAGUGUUUUUCAGGCUCAUUUUAACGUAUUAAGGUCACGGUACUCGCGGUUCAGCGGCGGGGACCUACUCAAACGUCAGGAUUAUGAAAAGUUGUGAUAGUUUGUAACGUCUGGAGGUCAUUUGGAGUAGCGAAACACAGCAAAAAGUAGUUUCAGCUCAGAGGCGCACGAGACUAUCCGACGACUAACGUGCGGGGGAUUUUACCAAUCGUUUUCAACUUGACUUUGUCGUUUUUCGAGGGAUGCGAGUCUGUUGGACCUGUUAAUGUGUAUAGAAAACUCGGGAUAAAGCCACCUUUUCUCACCUUGUUUGCUCUGAAUUCAGCAUGCUGGCGAACACGGCGCUAUACGCGGCGAAGAAACGGAAGAAGCCGGUCCAGAAAAUUCCUAAACCACCACCUCCUGAUGGCACCAAGUCCAACCCCUCAAAACGGCACAGAGACCGGCUCAACAGCGAACUGGACAAACUCACCAGCCUGCUGCCCUUCACUGAGGAGGUCAGGGCUCGGCUGGACAAGCUGUCUGUGCUCCGCCUCAGCGUCGGGUAUCUGAAGGUCAAGAGCUUCUUCAAUGCCACCAUGAAGAUGGGCCCGAAUGGCUCCGGCUGGACCAGCGAGCGGAGCCAGAUGUUCAGGGGAAACGUCCAGAACACGCUGCCUGCCUCCACAGCCUCCGCUCCCUCUUCCUCCUCAGCCUCGGCCCCCUCCUCCCAGGUGACAUCCCUCGACGGAGUCAGCUUCUCUGAGGGAGACUUGCUGCUUCAGGCGCUGAAUGGCUUUGUGUUGGUGGUGACGGCUGAAGGCUACGUCUUCUACACGUCCCCCACAAUCCAGGAUUUUCUUGGCUUCCACCAGUCGGAUGUUGUCCAUCAGAGUGUGUUUGAGUUGAUCCACACAGACGACAGAGCUCUGUUUAGACGGCAGCUUCACUUCGCUCUCAACCCAAAUCACGGCCAGCAGGAUGCCGUCAUCGACAAUUCCAAUGAGCAGAGCUCUGCAGAGAUCAGCAGCAACGUGAUGACCUACGACCCGCAGGCCAUUCCUCCAGAAAACUCCUUAUUCCUGGAGAGAAACUUCUGCUGUCGUUUCCGCUGCCUGCUCGACAACUCCUCUGGCUUCCUGGCCCUGAACUUCCACGGCCGUCUGAAGUUGGUGCACGGUCAGAACCGGCUUUCUGAAGACGGGACAUUGGUUCCCCCGCAGCUCGCUCUGUUCGCCAUCGCCACACCAAUGCAGCCGCCGUCCAUCCUGGAGAUCCGCACCAAGACACUCAUCUUCCAGACCAAACACAAGAUGGAUUUCACUCCCAUGGCGAUCGACACCAGAGGGAAGGUGGUUCUGGGUUACACUGAAGUAGAGCUCUGUAUGAAAGGUUCAGGCUACAACUUCAUCCACGCUGCAGACAUGAUGUACUGCGCCGACAACCACGUCAGAAUGAUAAAGACAGGAGAAAGUGGCUUCACCGUCUUUAGGCUUCUGACCAAAACCAGGACAUGGGUGUGGGUCCAGGCCAACGCCAGGCUGGUCUUUAAAGGAGGGAAACCAGACUUCAUCGUGGCCCGGCAGAAACCUUUGACAAAUGAAGAAGGGGAAGAACAGCUGCACCUCCGCCGGCUGCAGUUGCCAUUCAACUUUGCCACAGGAGAGGCGUUUCUAUAUGAUGUAGCUCCGAACAUCGACCAACCCGACUCCUGCUCCAACCCUAAGCAGAGGAAGUUGGACAACUACUCCGUCAGCCCCAACUCCUUACUGGGCUGCAUGCUGAAUCAGGACCAGUCAAUCUACUGUGAACACAACAAUGCCAACUCCCUCAACUCCCUCAACGAUGUCGCCUUCAAGGACACACACGCUACAGUCAAUGUUCCUGGAGAUAUCUGGCUGGACACUACACCGAAACCUGUUGCUGGAGGCCCAAUGAAGACCGAGACCACAGUUCAGGACAUGAUGGACACCCUGCAGCAGAUUCUUGGGGACAAUGACCUCACCGAAACCUUGGACGUGGAGCCCGACGAGCUAAAGAGCUGGGAGAGCACCUUGCUGAAGAUGAGCACCAACAGCUGCGAGAUGAGCGAAGACCUGAACGACAUUCUCAACAAUGACAUCCUCUCUUAUGUGGAGGAGCAGCUCCAGAGGGAGAGCAGGCUCAAGUUGCCAGAUCAGCUGGAAGACAUACCACCCUGCCUCUCCAUGUUUGACCUCGAGAACCAGAAUCCUGACCAGGGUGGGGAGCAGAACUUUGGCUGGCCUCUGGAACCCCAGAACCAGCUGAUACCAAACGGAGGGCAGAUGAUGACAACUCCAGUCCCAGGGAUGAUGAAACUGACUCACAUUGAUGUGCCUCUGUUGAGUUCUUCUGGUUUAAAUGUUCCAACCCUUCAGCAGAUUGCCUCACAGCAAACGCUCCCCACUUCUGUUGGUCUCCAACUGGGCAGCACAGGCAACGUUGACGCUUCAGUUACCUUUAACCCUGCCUUGUGCAGUCAAACACAGAACCAGCUGAGAACUUUACAAGUUACUGCCAAUGACAACAACCUGGGAGCAUUCUCGCUCAGACAAACUUCAGCCAAUCAGAUUCAAUCCACCCAAAUGGCUCAACCAAUGCAGAACCACCUUCAGGUGAGGAUGUCCAACCAGCCAAUUGGCCUCCAGGACCAAAGCGCAAAUCCUGUGUUCAACUUUCAGGGCAGCCAGUGGAACUCCUCUGUCCCCAACUCAAACCAAGCUGACAACCAAGAGACAUUCAACCAAAAUAUUUCAAAUGAACCAGGCUUUAUCUCAGAUCCUUCCUCAUCCAGCUGCCUACAGGGCCACUUUGCACCUGAGGCACAAAACAAUGAGAAUCAGAGGCAGUCUUGGCCGCGACAGCAGCAGCAACAGCAAUUGAUCUCAAGUGGGCACCAGCAAAUGGGUGCCUGCCUAAACCAAAUGUCAGGAUUUCAGAGGAGUCCUCUUCCUGGGGUCGUCGCAGCACAGAGCGCUGUCAACGGCAGGCCGACGUUUAGGACUCCAGAGAUUUCAAAUGUACCAUUUCCUGUUCAGCAGAACAUAGCGCUGCAAGCUGUGUCACCUUCUAUCAGUUGUAUGUUCAAGAAUGCCCCCCCCUCUGUGCCUGUAAAUGGUAUGCACCUCAGGCAGGCGCCCUCCUGCCAGAGAGUAAACCAAGCCAUCAACCAGAUUCCCUCCAAGCCCUCUUGUUUCUAUCAGAGUUUUUCUGGAGGCGGAUCUGAACCGGCAAUGACGGCCAUCCCAAAUCGUGAAGAGGCAACGCUGUCCUGCCAAAUGGCCACUGGUCCCGACCUGGACGGCCUGUUGGUGAAACAACAGGAGUACUUAAACUUCAGUGAACAGACACAGAUCAACAGCCGUCCAGUCGUCGGGAAUGGAGGCUUCCCCUUCUCCUCGCUGCCCAAUGGGAAUGCAUACUACUCAGAGAACAAAUAGGAAUCAGCCACUGUGACUUCAGGACGGCAGAGGAUCCCCAUUCGGACUGAAACGGCAGUUGAAAGAAAGCAAAAGGCUCCUGUCUCUAGACGAGAUGAAAGUGUAGUAGACUGAAGAACAGAGUCGUGCCCAGGAAGGACCAGGAGACAAAACAGGAUGCCUCUUUUUCUCUUUUUUUUUUU